GAUUUGCAAAUAUGUACGGACGGGCUCCAAGAGCCACCUUCCUGCCAAAUAGUGGGACCUCGGCCACAGUUGGCCCUGGGUCUUACAACAUCAACACAGCAAGACUUUCUACAGCGUCUGCUGGCUAUGCUCCUUUCCUGUCCCUGGCUAGCAGACUUCCGGUGCUCAGUGAGUCCAGUGGGACAGAACCAGGACCUGGAUGCUAUGACUCCUCACCUGUGCAGAUGAACGUCCAUGGAGGCUGCAGUCUUCAGAACCGCGCCAAGCGUUUUGAGGAUCCGGUGUCUGAGGGUCCGGGGCCGGGGGCCUAUGAUGUGAACAUUCCCAGGAUGACUGAUGAUGGACCAUCGGAGAAGCUCGGCAGGAGAAUGGUGCAUCAAGCUAAAAGUCUCCAGAGGCUCGUUGGCCAGUCAGACGUUCCUUCCAUUCCGUCGCCGGGUCAAUCCUGUGGCUAUGAGGAGGACGCCCAGGGUCAGCUACGCAAGCAGGGGCCUCCAAUUAGGGACAGCAGCAUGGGCCCGGCCUACUACAACCCCGUGACUGCAGAGAAGAGUUGCGCCCAAAAGUACAAAGGCGUCCACUUUGGCAACAUGACGGCGAAGAGAGGCGAGGUGAUGAAGGAUGAAGGCCCGGGGCCAGGCUACUAUUACCCUGAGAUCGUCCCACAAACGCACUACGAGAACAUAAACCUGCGGAAAGAGCAGAGGGGCACGAGGGCUCAGCUUGUCGUUCCUCGUUACCACGAACUGGUGUCCAAACAGGAGGAAAAGAAGGCAAUUCCUGGUCCAGGCCACUAUGACAUCAGGGGUCAGUUCGAGAGGCCCAGUGACAAAAAGCAGCAGAUCACGUCCACAUUCCUCUCUCAGACCGAGAGGUUCAAGCCUGCCAAAGAAGCGUCGCCUCCUGUCGGCACGUAUAACGACCCGCGCUGUGCCCUGCAGACACUACACAGCACAACGGGGCCCAGCAAAAGCCCUUUUGGCGGCACAGCGGCGCGCUUUCCUUCUAACCGCAACAAAGGCUUCACACCAGGUCCCGGGUCGUACGACGUCUUUGCCUACGGUUUGGCCCAGGAGAGUUUUAAAAGGGCCUUUUUAGAGCGAGCCAAGAAGGGAGGCUUUGGCUCCACCACUAAACGCUGCAGCAUCUUCUUCAAUAAGGAAUCGAUACAAGGACCGAGUCCAGCAGAGUACGAGGCAGAAAAGCGUCCAGAGGAGCAGUACAAAAAGCAGUGCACGGCCGCAUUCCGAUCAGCCACACAGCGCCUCACGUCCUCACUUUUGCCAAAAGAUUCCCCCCGACCCAAUGUGUAUGAUGUUAGCAGGCCACUGGCAGCAGGUGGACACUCUGCAGCCAGAAGUGAAGACGCAAAAAGACGACAAAGCAGCUUCCUCUCUGCAGCGCCGCGUCAUGCUUCCUUUCUGCAAUGUGUGCACAAUGGACCAGGUCCAGGUUGCUACAACCCAGUUGUGAAAUCCUCCCCUCCCAUGGCUCUGAUGGCCUCCAGGGAAGAUCGCUUCAAGGUGUCCAUGAACACCAACCCAGGACCUGCUGCUUAUCAGUUGAGUUCAGGCCUCAUGAACACAGUUCUGAAGGGAACCUUCAACGUGACCUUCAACAAUCCUCUGCGUCGCCCGCCCACGCCUCCCCUGGCCCAUUGUCCAGGAACGGACCCCAACGCCGUUUCACUCGAUACCAUAGUCGCCAACAAAUUGUCUUAAGUUUUGCAGGAAGCAGUUUGGAUGACGAUAAGUGCACCUUCCUAGAAGUUGGAUUUAACAGCAUGUGAUCAUCAUUGAAAAGCUGCAAGGUAAUUUUUGAAAAUAUCGCUUAUAUUGACUGUUAGCAGCUCCUUGAGGAACCAUGCUUUACUUGAUGGCAAUCAAGCCCCCCUGGAGACAAUUAAGGGGAGGGGUGGAUGUGGUGGUGGUAAGGUCCAAAGCCAUAUUUGCUGAUUAGGCAUACAUCAAGAAGCCACUCAUUAUGUAGAUUAGUGCUGACCGGCAGAGGAACGAACAGGUGUGAAAGUCACAUGGGAGACUUAUAACUCAUGACAUGGUCUGAUGUGGCUGACGUUUGCUGAUGAAAUGUACUUUUUAAUUGAUGGACACAAACACAUUUUUAUACAUAUAAUGUAUAAAUAUGUAUAUAGCACAAAAUA